UUUAAGGCGUGGCUGUGUGUGCAGCUCGCCGAGGGGCGGUCCCCGUAGGCCCGAAGCCUAGGACGGGCGGGUCUCACGGGCACCCCGCCUCCCUCUGGCGAAUGCUCUCCAAGCUUCCAUCUGCUCGCUCGCCCUCUGCAGAAGCCGCCUUCCAGAUUCCUCUUCCAGCACAGAAGCCCGCCACGGGCCAUCUCUCUGCAGCCGCCGCCUCCACUGCACAGCCCAGCGAUUGUGGAGCUCGGGAACUCUGUGUAGGGACUCAGACCCCAUUCUUGAAAAAAAGAGGAAGGUAGAAAAGAUGGUGGCUGAUUGCCUGACAAAUUGUUACCAGGUCUCAGUAACUUUUGAUGAUGUGGCUGUGGACUUCACCCAAGAAGAAUGGAUUUUAUUGGAUCAAGCUCACAGAGACCUCUACAGAGAGGUGAUGCUGGAGAACUACCAGAACCUGGCCUCAGCAGGAUCUCACUCUGUAGCCACAGCUGAACUGGAACUCAUUGUAUAAAUCAAGCUCCCUGAAUUCACAGAAAUCUGCUUCCCAUGUGCAAGUGCUGGGAUUGAAGGAUGUGAGGUCAUCAAACCCAGUCUGAUCUCCUGGUUGGAAGAAGAGGAUUUGCACAGAGAAGAUCUCCAAGAAUGGGAAAUGCCACUUGGCACCCAAGAGUCACCAUUGCAUCAGGAUUUUUUGAGGGGACAGACUUCCAGUGGAAUACAAACAGGCAGAAGCCACAGUGCACACGAACUCUGCUACUACACACAAUGUGGGGAAAUUUUCAGUGAGCACUCAUAUUUCAAGACCCAUGUGAAAACUCAUAGUGCAUGGAACACUGGACAUCUCACCCACUCAGAUCAUGAUGUGUCUGCUCAAGUGCACACCAUAAAAACGUACCCAUGUAAGAUUUGUGGGAAAGCCUUUGGACGAUCUUCAAAUCUCAAUAGACACCUGCGAAGCCACACUGGAGAAAAACCCUAUGAAUGUAAGGAGUGUGGGAAAGCCUUCACUACCUACUCAAGGCUAGUGGAACACUUUAGAACUCACACUGGAGAGAAACCAUAUAAAUGUAAGGAUUGUGGAAAAGCCUUUGCUAAGCGGUCAGGCCUUAUAACUCAUAUAUCAACCCAUGCUUCAGAGAAACCCUUUGCAUGUAAAGAGUGUGGAAAAGCCUUUGCUUCAUCCCCACGCCUUAGUCAGCAUAUAAGAAUUCACAGUGGAGAGAGACCCUACAUAUGUAAGGAAUGUGGCCGAGCCUUCCUCACGUCCUCAUACCUGCGGAACCAUGUAGGAAGAACUCACAGUGGAGAGAGACCCUAUAUAUGUGGAGAAUGUGGAAAAGCCUUCCAUUCUUACUCAAAUCUACGUAGACAUGUAAGAACUCACAGUGGAGAAAGACCCUACAUAUGCAAGGAAUGUGGAAAGGCCUUCCUCAAUUCCUCAUACCUACAUAACCAUAUAAGAAAAACACACAGUGGAGAGAUGCCUCAUAUAUGUGGUGAAUGUGGGAAAGUCUUCCAUGCUUCCUCCUACCUGCGUAGACACUUAAGAACUCACAGUGGAGAGAGACCAUGCAUAUGUAAGGAAUGUGGGAAAGCCUUCCUUAACUCCUCGUACUUACGUAAGCAUCUAACCAUUCAUACAGGAGACAAACCCUACGAGUGUAAGGAAUGUGGGAAAGCCUACCGUAGGUACAAUCUGCUACACGACCACUUAAAAACUCAUGCAGUUGAAAAGCCGUUUGAAUGUGAUGUAUGUGGAAAAUCCUUUCAGUAUUUCUCAUACCUUAAUAAACACAUUCGUAUUCACACCGGAACAAAACCUUAUAAGUGUAAGUACUGUGGGAAAGAUUUCACUACUUCCUCAAGCCGAACUGAACAUAUCCGAACUCACACUGGUGAGAGGCCCUAUGAGUGUUCGGAAUGUGAGAAAACCUUCACUUCCUCAUCUAACCUCAUUCACCACGUAAAAAUCCACGCUAGAGAGAAACCUUUUGUUGAGAAUAUAGGGAAGCCUACAGUAGAUUUUCCCUACUAGCCAGACACUUGUAACUCACCGUGAGCAGUCACUUCAGAUAGGAAGAAUACCAGAAACCCUUCACCCCUCAUGUCUUGGUUUCGUCAGACUGGGACUUACACUACUAAGAAGUCAAGGAAUGUGCAACAGCCCCCAACUGUGACAGUUUACUCUGAAAACAUGAAAAGAACUCAUACUCAAAAUGACCCAUGAACUUAAGGAAAGAAACAUAAUCAGGAAGUGGCCCUCACUACUUCCUAAGACCUUACUAAAUAUGCGAGACUUCACAAUGAGGGGAAAUCACUGAUGUAAGAUGCAUUGAAGGUUGUAGUUCUGUUAAGUAUUUUAAAAUCACUUGUCUCAACAGUUGAGAAAACCUUCAUGAAGGUAAGGAAUGUUAGAAAGUUAACUAUGAACUCAAUUUUCAGUGUUUAGUAAGCAGUAUAAUUCAUACCCAAGAGAAAUUAACUAUAUGGAAAUUUUGUCCAUGUGUGCUGGCAGCAAUAAGGCCUGUUGAGUGAUAUUUAUUGUGAACUUUCGCCCUGAUUCCUGUCCUGAUAUAUUCCUGGAGUUAUAAUACAUUUUCUUUUCUUCAAGGAACUCCAUUUUAUGUUGGCUGCUAUAACUUCUGGAUAGUAAGCUGGUGUUAUGAGGACUUUUGAACUAUAAACAUUGUUUUAGUGUACUGUAGAUUCUGUUGUUGGCUUACCAACUAUUAAACAUUCUACCCUAUAGUAGCUUACAGCAGCUGAGUUUCAUGAUAUAGUCCUCACCGUCAUUAAAAUGUUCCUGUUCCCUUUUCACAACUUUUAGAUAAAAGGUGAUAAAUAAAUAAGCAACAAGCUAGCAAAGUCCUUUCCACAAAUACAUUGAGCUAGGAAUUCAUAAAUGCAUCAGUCCUUGAUAGAGCCGGAGCCCUCAAGAUCUAGAUAGCUCUCCCAUCCUACACUGAACUCUACGGCCCGAGGAUCCAGCCGUCAGUGCAUGAACUUUUGGGGGUCCAUUUCAGAUAUAAAUCAUAGUACAACCCCUCCUGGCUUCUGGUAAUUCCUCAAGAUUAUAAAUAACUUGACUGCCUGGGGACAUGUUUUAUAAUCAUUAUAACUGGUAGCUGUUUUCUGUUGUGUGUGUGUGUUGGGAGUGGGAGAGGAGAUGAGACAUGCACUGGAAUCUGUUCCCUUCUUCCACCAUGUGGGUCCCAAGGAUAAAACUCGGGGUGUCAGGCAGGUCUUGGCAAGCCUUAGCUCACUGAGCCAGCUCACUGACCCAUACUUUUCAUAUUCAGAACAACUAAACAGGGACUGGAGAGACAGCCUGUUUGAGAGGACCAGCGUUUAGUUCCCAGCACUCACACUGGGAUGCUCACAACUGCCUUUACACACACUCCAGGAGGUCAGACUCUUCCUCUUCUGGUCUCUGGGUACCCACACAUACAAACACAUAAAUAAUGAGGUCUUUUAACAGGAAAAAGACAACGAAUACAGAGUCCCAAACCCUAUCCUUUGCUGGGAACCCAUAACACAUAUGUUCCAUGUUCUUAAUCAAUCUAGAUCAAAACUGAAGAGAAAUAGAGACAUCACCUAUAUAUACUUUUGCUCAUUAGAAUUAUUCAAAAUUAUUGAUCUUACAUUUUUUUUCCAGCCAUACUUUUUUUUCUUGGCAGAAAUUUCAAUAAACAUUGUAGCUAAGGCUUUUCUUGCUUCUAUCCCAGCCUCCUGUCCCUGUGUUUUGCCUCUGGUAGACCUGGAUGGUGCAUCAUACUGAGCCUUCUCUCAGUACUAUGCAUAAGAAACUUCAUUUAGUCAGGCACCAUUAUGACUUCCCACAGAAACUCAUAGCAACCAUUUCUUCAUAGUUAGUGUCUUGUAUAUUGUUUGUUGUGCUUUGGGAAGUACCUAGGGUACAGCUGCCACACUAUUACAUUUUUAUUUUGUAGAAGGCAGCAGAUGCACGAUUCAUAGCAGAAGACAGCCGGCAGCAGGCCAUGAGUCCCAGGGAUCCAACUCAGGCUGUCUGGCUUAGCAGCAAGUUCCCUUUCAUCUGAGCCAUCUUGGAGUCUCCUCUAUGUUUUUAUACUUACAAGGUUUGGUUGUUUUGUGGAGUUUUGCUUGGUUGGUGUUUUAUUGUUAACAUUGUUUGGUUUUUGCUUUCUUUCUUUUUAUUGCCAAUCAGUAAGCUAUAUCCCUGGCUCCACAUUUUCCCAUACAACUUCUCUGAUAAUAUGGUUUUAUUGUGUAGUCCCAACUGCCCCGGAGCUCAUGUACUCAGAUGGACAUGGUUUGCACACACAACAUUGAUCCCAGUACUCAGGAGGCAGAGGCAGGCAGAUCUCUUGAGUUUGAGGCCAGCCUGGUCUAUAGUGUGAGUUCCAGGAUGGCCAAGGCUAUACAGAGAAACUCUAUCAAAGAAAGGGAGAGGGAGAGAGAUUGGUAAUAAAAUAAGAUAUAAUAUAAACAAACAUUCAGAAGAAAAAAACGAAAGGAUAAAAACAAAAAACAUAGACACAUUUGCACAUAAUAGAAAUCAAAUAAAACAAAAUCAGAAACCAAUAUAAAUGCAAAGACCUGUAAGGCAAACCUCCAGUAAUGCCAUUAAAUUCAUUUUGUGUUGACCAUCUACUUCUGGGCAUUAGAGUGGUUUGUGUGUCCAUUGAGAUUCCAUAGGAGAAAACUAAUUUUUCCUUUGGGAGAAGUUGUCAAUUGGAAAUGACUUCAGGACUAGAGAUGGGGGCUUAUGUGCACUUCCCCACUAACUGCUGGGACAAACCCAUCUGGCUUAGACCUGUGCAGACUCUGUGAUUGGUGUCAUAGUCUGAGUUUAUGUGUGCCAUUCCUGCUAUGUCUAGAAGGCCUUCUUUCCUUGGUCUCUUCAAUAUCUUCAGGGGGAAUUUGUUUACGACAGAGCGUUCCAAGGUCUCUCCCUCUCUGCAUAUUGUACAGUUGUGGGUCCUUGUGUUUGUUCCCAUCUACUGCAGGAGGGAGCUUCUCUGACGAUGGCUGAACAAGACACUGAUCUGUAAGUAUAGCAGAACGUUGUUAGGAGUCAUUUCAUUGCUGUAUUCCUUUAGCAGAACAAUAGUAUUUAGUUUUCCCCCAAGUUCAUGGCCUGUCCAGUCUCAAGUUCUUGGCCACCUGAGCAGUACUAGGGAUGAAUUCCAUCUCAUGGAGUAGACCUUAACUCCAGUCAGAUGUUGGCUGGUCAUUCCCACACGCUUUGUGCCACUAUCACACCAGCGACCUGCAGCUGGGUGACACUGAGGAUCCCUUUGUCCUCUGACAGUGUGCAUGGCAUCUUUCGGCAUCGUGAACACUAGUCAGGAGGGGUCAAUGCUCCCAUUGUGGUUGUCCUCUCUCCUCCAUCUGUUCUAUUUCCCUGUCCCAGGGAGACCCAUUGUCCCCACCUAAUCUCUUCCUCCAUACCUAACCCCUCUGGCUCUAAGAUUGUAGCUUGGUUAUCAUUUAUUUGACAGGUAAUGUCCACCUAUAAGAGAAUACAUACCAUAUUUAUCUUUCUGGAUGGGUCUGGGUUGACCCAGGAUGAUUUUUUUUCUAGUUUUAUCCAAUUUAUCUACAAAUUUCAUGAUUUAUCGUUAGCAGCUGAGUAAUAUUCCAUUGUGGAAAUGUUACACGUUUUCUUUCUUUCUAGAUGUUGAGAGACAUCUAGAUUGUUUCCAGUUUCUUGCUAUUAUAAAUAGAGCAGCAAUGAAUAUGGUUGACCAAAUAUCUGACUCUGUAGCAUACAGUGUAGUGUCCUUUUGGUAAAUUCCCAAGAGGGGUAAGGCUGAGUCUUGAGGUGGAUUUAUUCCCAGCUUCCUGAGGAACUGACACCAAUUUCCAUGUGGCUGUACAAGUUUGCAUGUGACGGUGUUUUAAGGAUCUCUUAAUUUUGGCAUCCCAAAUUUCUCUAGUUCUGUGAUUUCAGAAGUUUUCUCAAUAUCCUUAAAUGUAAAGGUGUUUGUCUUCAAGCCUGUUGACCAGAAUUUAGUCUCUGAGACUCACAUGGUAAAAAGAGAGCACCAGCAUUGUCAAGUAGUCCUCUGAUUUCCACAUAUGUGCUCCCCUACCCUGAAAAAACAAACAACAAAACGAUGGAUUGGUUGUGUUGGUGUUUUCAUACAUGUCCGUGGUGUGCUUUCAUACAUGUCCGUGGUGUGCUUUCAUACAUGUCCGUGGUGUGUUUUCAUACAUGUCUGUGGUGUGCUUCAUACAUGUCUGUGGUGUGCUUUGUUCAUGUUUACUCUCAUUCCUCUAUCUUGUCCUCCCAUCGUCCCUGCUACUGGUUCCUGUCUUCUUCCAAAAUAUUGCCCUAAAAAGGCUUUGAAGUUAGAAUUUACAUCAAAACCACAACUCACAGAAAGUUCAUUAAACUUGCAUACUGAGGGAUGGCUUAGUGCAGAGUUCUCAACUCAACCUUCCUAACGCUGUGACCCUUAAAUAUAGUUCCUCAUGUUGUAGUGACCCCCCAACCGUAACAUUAUUUUUGUUGCUACUUCAUAACUAAUGUUGCCAGUAUUAUGAAUAGUAAUGUAAAUAUCUGAGGUGCGGGAUAUACAUACAUACAUACAUAUACAUAUACAGAUAUAUAUAUAUAUAUAUAUAUAUAUAUUUGAUAUGUGACCCCUGUGGAAGGUCAUUCAACCCCUCCCCACAGGUGGAGAAAUAAUGGCUUAGUGGUUGAAGAUGCAUGCCCCAAAUCAGGAAAACUGAGUUCCACUCCUGGAACUCACAAGAUGGUAAAAGAGAAUUGCCACGGCAAUAAUGCACCUGCCACCCCCUUCCCCAACAAGUGUCAUUUUAAAAAUGAGAGAAACUUGCAUAAUGGAUCAAACCCCAAGUGUGUGUAUUUUUAUUGGAGGAGGGGUUCUCAAUCACCUCUGUUUGCUAACAAAUGCCUGAGCUAAACGAAUCUGCCUUAGCUUCAUGAUUAGGUCGAAGUAUAUGUGCACAUCGACAUUUUCAUCUCCAAAAAAGAAUCUAUAGCUCUGCAUUGUGCCACAUACUUACAGUAUUGGUGCUUGGGAAGCUGAGGCAGGUCAGUCACAAAUUCCAGGUCAGCAUAUACAUAUGUGUAUGUGUGUAUAUAUGUGUAUGUGUGUAUAUAUAUGUAUACAUGAAUAAUAUAUGUAUAUAGCAUAUAUAUACGUGUAUAUAUAUAUGGUAGUAGUCAGGCCAUUGCCUCACAUCUGUAAUCCUAGCACUCAGGAUGUGAGAAGUUCAGGGCUAGUUUUGGCUAUAUAGAGAGUUCAGUGCCAUCCGGGGAGACAGGAGAUCCUAUCAAAAGAAAGAAGUGAGGGAAAAGAAAGAAAGAAAGAUGUGUUUAUCAAUGAAAAGGACAGGGUUCAUAUCUCUUGUGUCCACCUAGGGCAAGGAUUCUACAUGGAUCUCCAUCCUGUAAAACGUACUGUGCACUUGUGGAGACAGGCAGAACCUUUGUGGCCUGAGUGGGGUUGCUCUACAGUUUUAUUCAAGUGUGUCUAGUGACACAGUCAGAUAACUACUCAAUACUUUUGUUGCCCACAAUCCAAUAAAGCCAGCACUGAGCCAAGCAAGAGAACCCAAACUGUCAGCUCCCUUAUGAUCCCUUUAUAAUCUGUGCUGAAACACAACUUUAUACCCCAUCCUCUAAGUCUAACAGAGUAUACUGUGGCAGAGGACAAACAGCUAUGUUAAAUUUUUAAAUUCUACACUUUAUUUUGUUGAAGUAGAAAAUGAUGAGAAUCCAGCUUUGGUUUGGAGAAAGUAUGUGGGAAGGUUUGACUGAUGAUAAAUGCUGUCACUGAAUCUGCUGGAGUUUGUUACAAAGUGAGAGGUUUUGAGCAGGUCCAUGUAGUAAGUUCCAGACCAACCAGGGCUGGAGAAAUCCUACCUCAAAAGCAAAACAUAAUUCUAUCUUGAAAGUAAGAGGCUUUAGAAAACGAAGUGGCAAUAAAGCCAUAAAACAAGCAAUAGACAACGCUUCCAGGGCAAGUUAGAUGAAUCAGCGGGGAAAGGUGCUUGUCACCAAACCUGACUAUCCAAGCUUGAUCUUUAAGACUUACAAGGUGGAAACAGCAAACCAACUACCUAAGAUUGUCAUCUGAACUCCAUACAAGUACCAUAGAAACACACACACACGCAUACAAAAUAAAUGAAAAAUAAUAAACAGCCUGCCGGGCAGUGAUGGCAUACGCCUUUAAUCCCAGCACUGGGGAGGCAGCAGCAGGUAAAUCUCUUGAUUUCAAGAUCAGCUGGGUCUACAGAAUGAGUUCCAGACAGCCAGAGAUACAGAGUAGUGAGACCCUGACUCAGAAAAAUAAAACAACCCAGCCAUAAUUACAUGUAUGUUAAAAGGGACUUUGAGGAGUUACUAUAAAACUUUAAUUUGUUGCUUCCUUGGUACUAAGUUAAUGUGGACAGCUUCUGUAUAAAGUUUCACAUUGUUAAGCCAUCACUGUUGUCUUGGAAACCGAACUCCCUUCCUCUGCAGGUCUGGAUUUAACAUUACAUUUGACCUUUACAUUAUUUAGUGUAUUUUAUGUAUAUGGGUAUUUUGCUUGUUUAUAUAUCUGUGUAUCAUGUGUAUGCCUGGUUCUCAUGGAGACCAACCAGAAGAGGGUGUUGGAUCCCCUGGAACUGGAAUUACAGAUGCUUGUGAGCCACCAUGUGAGUUCUGGGAAUCAAACUUGGGGAUGGGGCUAUGGAAGUAGUCAGUGCUCUUAACCACUGAGCCAGCUCUCUAGCUCCUACAUUUGACGUUCUUAUGUAGUAUUUGAUAUGUAUCACGGCAAUAAUUGAUUGAAAUAUACUUUCAGAUCAUGAAUAAAUCCUAGCGUAUAAAGUGAACACAGUGGGAGUGGGAGAUGGCUCAAUGGAUAAAGCACUUGUCCCACAGUGUGGGACCAAAGUCUGAAUCUCCAGAACCCAAGUAAAUGAGGCGUGGGCAUGUCUGCCCACGUGUAAUUUCAACACUCCGAAGGCAGGAUCUCCAAAGCAAUCUGGCUAGCAAGAGCAGCUGAGAGACCCGCCUCUGUGAAUACGGUGGAGAGGAAGUGAAAAAGACUCUUCAUGCUGCCCUGGGACCUCCACAUGCCCAUUCAAACACACACACCGUACAGGACUACAGAAUUUCUCUAUGUAGCCAUGACUGCCCUGGAACUCACUCUGUACACCAGGCUGGUCUUGAACUCAGAGAUCCACUUGUCUCUGCCUACCUAGUGCUGGGAUUAAAGGCAUUGGCCUACUGCCCAGCAGACUGGAGUCAAUUUUUUAAUAAUGCUUUGAUACACUCAAAACUGAGCACACUGCACAAACCUAGAGUCCAAGCUACUGUGGAGGCAGGAAUAUUACUUGAGUCCAGGAGUUCAAGCCAGCACAGACAACAUGGUGAGAUCCCAUCUCAAAAAAUCAGCCAGUGCUGAAAUCUCAUUUUGCAUGACGAUGCAUUGAACUUCCUCCAUCUUUAAAAACAAAUACAGGCUGGGCAUGGUGCAUGCUUUGAAUCUUUCUUAGCAUUUAGGAGGCAGAGGCAAGUAGAUCUCUGUGAGUUCCAAGCCAUCCAGGACUACCUUGUAUCUAAAAGGAAGGAAGGAAGGAAAGAAGGGAAGGAAAGAGAGGAAAGAGGGAAGAAAGGAAGGAAAAAACAUAGGUGUGUGUGGUGAUCAGUCCCUUAACCCUACUCAAGAGGACAGGACUUUGAGGCAAUCCUAAGGUACAUAGCAAGACUCAAAGACAUAAAAGCUAGGCGUGGCUUAGUAGCAGAAGUGGUUGGAGGCCUCUAGCAAGCACAAGGCCUUGGCUUUGAUCUUCAGCAGUGCCCAAAACCUACACAGGAAUGAAGCUCUGACGUACCUAGUGUGUGAAUGAACACUCCCUUCAGCUUCAUACCUGAAUGACCUACAUCUGUUUGGAUUGUAUAUUCUAUUUGCAUUUAUGCUCUGAUUCAUAGCAACUUCUCACAGAAUGGAUUUGCCUUGAACAAACUAAAUAAAAAGAUACUAAAAGAGAAAAAGGAUGAAAUAAAAUUUAUCAUGGAGAAGUAUCUGAAACCUGCACACAAUUUUUGUUUGUUUGUUUGUUUGUUUGUUUUUCAAGACAGGGUUUCUCUGUGUAGUCCUGGCUAACCUGGAUCUUGCUUUGUAGACCAGAGAUCCACCUACCUUUGCCUCUCGAAUGCUGGGAUUAAAGGCAUGCACCGCCAUGAGCACACACUAUAACAGAGCCUCAGCAUACAUGCAAUAGAAGAAUGCACCCAUCCACACCCACUCAAAUUAUCAAUAAUAAGAACUUGGGCUGCUGAGAUGGCUCGAGGUGAGGUGAUGGAUAAAGGUGCCUUCCAGAACUAAUAGGAAGGAAAGAGAGAAGUGAUUCCCACAAGUUGUUCUCUGAACUCUACAUGGAAACUGGCAUCGCAUGCAUGCAUGCAUGUAUGUUUAAGACUACUCAUACAACAAAGCCUAUAGAAAUUUUUAAAAAUUGAAGGUGGAGUUAGAAGCCAAGAAGAAAACAAAAGAACAGAGAAAAUACUUGGAAACUAACUUCAAAAUAACUUACAGAGAACUUAAAAUGGUGAACCAGAAAGAAGGUAUGAGGAGAAAUUAUAAAAAUACUUUGAAGUGACCAAAAUGAACACCCAGCACAUUACAUCGAGGUGGUCAAAGCUAAGUGAGUAUGUAAGCUAUCCAAUCCUUAUAUUAGGAAGGAAAGCUACGUGUGCUCAGGCUGGUGUGACAGCUCAGUAGGUAAAAGGGUGCUUGCCACUAGGCCUGACAACCUGAGUUCCGUCCCUGGAACCCACACAGUGAAAGGAGAGGACCAUCUCCCAAAACUUGUCUUCUAACCUGUACAUGAGCACCAUGGUAAAUAUGCACUCAUGCGCACACACAUACACACACGAAUUUAAAGAAAAAAAGAAAAGUUAUCUACACAGCCAGACCCUGCCUCAGAACUGAGUUCAGAUCCCCAGAACCCAUGUAAAGCUAGAUGUGGCUGCCUGACCCCAUAUUCCUAUGGGCUGGUGGGAGGUAGCGACACAAUAGUUGGAGGAAACUCACAGGCCAGCUAGCCUGGCAUACCAGCUGUGAACACCAAUAGAUCCUGUCUCAAAUAAAAGGGAAGGUUAAGACUGACACCAGAGGUUCCCCAACCUCCCUCCAUCACUCCCUCUACAUACACACACACACACACUGGUUAUGUAGACACACAAAGAUAUAUUUUUUAAAGAUUUAUUUAUUAUUAUAUGUGAAUACACAGUAGCUGACCUCAGACACAACAGAAGAGGGCAUCAGAUCUCAUUAUGGGUGGUUGUGAGCCACCAUGUGGUUGCUGGGAUUUGAACUCAGGACCUUCAGAAGAGCAGUCAGUGCUCUUACCUACUGAGCCAUCUCACCAGCCCACAAAGAUAUUUUUAAAGGCCUCAAGUUGAUAAUCUAACUUGCCACAGCAAGGAACUAGAAGCUAAACCCAAAACACUUAGAAGAAAACAAAGGCAACUACUCACAAUACACAACAACUAUUACUAUAGAACCCGGAGAGAUGAAAAUAAUAAAUCUAUGCACCAAGUGUCUGUUACUUUUAGCUUUGUUUUAGCCUUUUUUACAUAUUUAUUUUGUGAAUGUUGACAUGCGCCAUGACACACAUAUGCAGAACUACUUGCAGGAGUCAGUUCAUUCUUUCCACUGUGGGUUCCAGGGAUGUAACUCAAGUAGCUAAGCUUAACUGCAAGUCCUUUUACCACACUAGAGCUCUGGGCAGCCCAUUGUUUUCUUUUGUUUUGAGAUACUGCCUGUGGAGGUGGACCAGCAGAUUAGGGAACUUGCUGGCAAACCUGCCUACCCGAGUUUAAUCUCAGGAACCCACAUAGUGGAAGGAGAGAACCAACUCCAGCAAGUUGUCCUCUGACAGCUACCUGUACACACUGAUCCACUCCACACACUAAAUAAAUGUAAAAGAAUAAUAAUUUUAAAAAUCAGUUAAGCUGGCAUAGUAAUGCAUACCUUUAAUCCCAACACUCCAGAGCUAGAGGCAGAGGCAGGCAGAUCUUGGUGAGUUCAAGGCCAGCCUUGUCUAUAAAACCAGUUCCAUGUCAGCAAGGGUGAUACAAUGAGACCGUGUCUCAAAAAAACAAAACCAGUUAACCAAAAGAACAGUUGAAUAUUGACAAGCAAAGGAGUAUACUUCUGGAUGCAUAAGCAUAUUACAAAAUGUACAUUAAUAUUUUGGCUUUUAAAUUUUUUCACAGUAUAUAGUAUGUAUUAUAUAAGUAUCUUCAUACAACUAUAAAAUAUAUAUUGAUUAUAUUCUACCCCAUAAUUCUUUACCCUCCUUUCCCCCAUAUUCGUCCCCUUUGUUUCCCUACACAGCUUCACUUCUACUCCAUGUCUUAUAUAUAUAUACAUAAUUUUAUGUAUCUAUGUAAAACCUAGGGACUAUACAUGAGAAAAAAACAUUUGUCAUUCUGAGACUGGCUUAAUUUACUUGAUAAGACUACCCCUGGAUGCAUCCAUUUUCCUACAAAUGACAACUGUUUUUAUAACAUGUAUUAUAUGUGCUUAUUUGUGUGCAUGUGUGUUCAAGCAUGCAUAUGUGCCCCACAACAUGUCUGUUGAAGUCAGGACAACUUACAGAAGUUACUCUCUCUUUCCACUAUCUGAUUGGCAGCAAGUGCCUUUACCCACUGAGCCAUCUCCUGGCCAUCUUUCUUUAAGACUGAUAAAGAUUCCAUUGUGAAACUGGCCAGCUGGCUCAGAGGUCAAACGUACUUGUCACCAAACCUGAUACCCUGAGGUCUAUACCUGGAACCUACUUGUAUAUGUCAAUCAGUGACACAUGCCUCCCUCAUCCCCCAACAAAAUAAGUACAAAAAAAGGAUUGUAUUUUGUGUAUAUAGCAUAUUUUGUCCAUCCCUGUUGUUAGAUACCCAGAUUGUUUCUAUAACGAGCUAUUAUGAAUGGUGCUACAAUAAAUACUGGUGUAAAGUA